AGUUCCUGUAAUCCACCGGUCAUUCUUUUAUAUAUCUAUAUCUGUGUAUAUAUAUUUGCCGUCGUUGAAGAUCACAACCAUCAGCUUCUUCAUGUGACGCAGUUGAUCCCUCUGAUUCUCUCUUCUCCCUCUCUCACCGAUCACGGAGUUCAUGUCGCCGAGCAAGUUCAAUUCCAGUGAUUCCUUUGUCAAUGGGGAUGCAAGCCAUUCGUGCUCGAACCUGGAGAAUGGUUUCAGCGACUUGUCUCUGCUAACGCAUUCCGAGAAGGCAGUGCAAGAGCUUCUUAUUCAACAGACUCCUAUUCAAGCAACCGACGACCAUCUCAUCGAAUUUUCAGAGGCUUUGAGAACUGUUGCUAAGACACUGAGGCGUGCUGCUGAAGGAAAGGCUUUAGCACAAGCCGAGGCUGCUGAAUGGAAGCGGCGAUAUGAGUUGGAGAAGUCGAGGAAUCAAGAACCUCAGCAGAAAGGUGAAGGUGCAAGAGUAUCUCGUUCCUUGUUCUUCCCUCUAGAGUGUUUGAGGUGGGUGUGUGGGAUUCUCAACGACUGGAGAGAGGAUUUACUGUGGAAGAGACAAUGUAGCUCUGAUCUUGUUAAAGAACAGUCAAAUGGAGCGUAUGCUGAUGGGUUUAGCUAUGGGAAGACAGGGUACCCGGCCAAGCACCCGGAGCUGCAUAAUCAAGAAAUCGAGAAUUCGGUAAGAUGUUGUAUGGAGCACGGGAUUUGCUCUCAUGAGGUUCUCCAAGAUGGUGGAUCUGUCUGCCCUAAUGGAAGCCGCAACAAACUAACGAGGAAGGCAUCAUUUAAACUGUCUUGGGGAUGCAAGGGACAGACAAAUGAUCAGCACAAGCAUGACAUUGUUUCUUUCGAGAGAGGGAAUAUCACUACGGCAGAACGCAGCAGUAAACAGAUUUCGUUGACAUGGGAAUCUGGCCCACAAACUGUGAUUAUUUUCACUAAGCCUAAUUCAAUUUCAGUCCGAAUUCUUUGCGCACAAAUGAUCAGAUGGUUGAAAGAGCAUAAAGGAUUACAAAUUUACGUGGAACCGCGUAUCAGGAAAGAACUUUUAUCGGAAUCCAACUCCUUCAACUUCGUUAAAACUUGGGAAGAUGACAAGGAGAUUUCACUUCUACACACAAAGGUCGACCUUGUCAUAACCCUCGGUGGUGAUGGUACCGUGCUCUGGGCAGCAUCGAUGUUCAAGGGACCCGUGCCUCCGAUUGUUCCAUUCGCUAUGGGAUCUCUAGGGUUUAUGACCCCAUUUCACAGCGAACAUUACCGAGAAUGCCUUGAAGCGGUUCUGAGGGGUCCUAUCAGUAUAACGUUGCGACACCGCCUGCAGUGCCAUAUCGUCAGAGAUAAAGCCAGGCAUGAGUACGAGACCGAAGAGCAAAUGCUCGUACUGAACGAGGUUACGAUAGACCGAGGGAUAUCUUCCUACCUCACGAACCUCGAAUGCUAUUGCGACAACUCUUUUGUGACGUGUGUGCAAGGCGACGGGCUAAUAUUAUCAACGACUUCUGGUAGCACUGCUUAUUCACUCGCGGCCGGAGGCUCAAUGGUCCAUCCCCAGGUUCCAGGCAUCUUGUUCACGCCGAUAUGCCCGCAUUCUCUGUCAUUCAGGCCGCUGAUAUUACCCGAGCACGUGACGCUGAGAGUGCAAGUGCCUUUCAACAGCAGAAGCUCGGCUUGGGUAUCGUUUGACGGGAAAGACCGGAAGCAGCUCGAGCCGGGGGAUGCCCUUGUGUGCAGUAUGGCCCCGUGGCCUGUCCCGACGGCUUGUCAGGUCGACUCUACAAACGAUUUCCUACGUAGCAUCCACGACGGCCUCCAUUGGAACCUUAGGAAGACUCAGUCUUUCGAUGGCCCUCGAGACACUUAGAACCUUUUUCUCUUGGCUUCUCUUUCUUUUAACCAGAAUAUAGUCGCAAUAUACAUAAAUCUUUAUAUGCAUAUAUGUUGAUGAUGAUGAUGAAGAAAAUAUAUCACGAAAUGUCAUAAUGGCAGUUUAUGUA